CAGAAAAUAAAUAAAUUGAGCUAUUUUUUUGAUUAAAAAAUAAGAAAAUAGAAUUAUGUGCAAGUUAAUGUCAUUUCAACCGCACGGACAAACUACUCUAGACCGGGUCUAUGAUGAGUUUUUCUUCUUCUUGUUGGGUGGAUAAAAAUGGCUCAGGAUGAAGUGAUACUGUUGGAUUUCAGGGCAAGCAUGUUCGGGAUGAGGGCCAGAAUCGCUCUGGCGGAGAAGGAGAUCAAGCACCAGUACAUUGAACAGGACCUCCCAAACAAGAGCGAUCUGCUUCUCAAGAUGAACCCGAUUCACAAGAAGAUCCCGGUUCUCAUCCAUAAAGGCAAGCCGGUCUGUGAAUCUAUGAUCAUAGUGGAGUAUAUUGAUGAGGUUUGGAAGGGCAAGUCCCAGCUGCUCCCCUCUGAUCCUUACGAGAAAUCCCAGGCUAGAUUCUGGGCCAACUACAUUGACCAGAAGAUGUAUGAGUCUAGCAAGAAAACAUGGACUACAAACGGAGAAGAAGAACUGGAGGCGGGCAAGAAGGAGUUCAUAGGACACCUGAAGGUGCUGGAAGGAGAGCUGGGAGAUAAGCCGUACUUUGGGGGAGACAGGUUUGGGCUUGUUGAUGUUUCUCUCAUAGGUUUCUACAGCUGGUUUCAUGUCUAUGAGACCUUUGGUAAGUUCAGCAUUGAAGCAGAGUGCCCCAAGCUGAUUUCUUGGGCUAAGAGGUGCAUGGAGAGGGAGAGUGUCUCCAAGACUCUCCCAAAUCCUCAUAAGGUUCUUGAGUUAGCCAAGAUCUUUAAGGAGAAGAUGAGCACUGCUUAAACACUACUUACUUGUCAACCUCUUUUUCCUGAAUAAUGAGCUCACCCCCUUCCCUUGGGUUGGGGUGUUAGGUGCCUAGUUUGAUGAUCUUCAUGUGGACGGAGGGAGUAAAUGUUCAAACCUUUCUUUGUUUAAAAAUCUAAAUUGCUCCACACUAGUCGCUAGAUCCUUCGCGAGAAUAGACAACCGUCCGAAUCGGUAGGCCUCAGUGGUUUCCCACAUUUGCCCCUACUUAUCCUCCCUCUCUACCUCCCUAUCUAUUUAAUGCUCCGUCUCCUACCUGUGGCCACCGUUCUCUUCAUUUUCUUCUUUCUCGUGGGGUGGGGAAAAAAUGGCUCAGGAUGAAGUGAUACUGUUGGAUUUCUGGCCAAGCAUGUUCGGGAUGAGGGUCAGAAUCGCCCUGGCGGAGAAGGAGAU